AUGAAAUUGUUUACACUCAUCAUAAAGCUUUUUAUUCUUUUAUGCAAUAUUUCCUAUGUGAAGACGACAGAAAAGGCUGAAGAUUCAAAAAUCGAAUGUGCUCCUGCUGGUUUCACAAAAUGUCGAGAUGAAAUGCAAUGUAUUGAUAAAAGGUGGAUGUGCGAUGGACGAGUUGAUUGUGUUGACAAAUCGGAUGAGGAUCCAAAAAUUUGCAAAAGAUCAAUGAGAAAGGUCCACAUGGAGGGCUCUUUUCCAUUGGGUGCUGGCGGAUGUCUAUCGAAAUGGUUUGCAUGCAGAGAUGGUGGAUGUGUGGCUCCCAAACUUGUUUGCAAUGGAAAACGAGACUGUCGAGACAAUUCGGAUGAAGGAGCUUUUUGCAACUUGUUCACUUCUCUCACUCGUGUCGAAGGAAAAGAGAUUGUGCAC